UGCAGCCAUGUUUGUUGCUCCUCCUGGCUAUCAGCCAAUCUAUAGCCCGGACAUGCCCUAUCUAGGGCCUAUUAAUGGAGGGCUGAGGGAAGGAACAUCCAUCUAUAUCCAGGGGACCAUUCCCAAGCACAUCACCAGGUUCUUUAUCAACCUGAUUUGUGGAGAAUCUGAAUCCAGCGACAUUGCCCUACACUUCAACCCUCGAUUUGAUGGCAGGGACAAGGUGGUCUUCAACACCUGUCAGAAUGGAUCCUGGGGGUCAGAGGACAAGAUUCACAAAAUGCCUUUUAGAAAGGGAGAGCAUUUUGAAAUGGUCAUCAUCGUUACUUUGCAGGGCUACCAGAUUAAAGUAAAUGGGAUUGAUUUCCAUAUUUUUCAACACCGCAUCCCUAUGGAGCAAGUUCGUGGGCUGCAGAUUGCAGGAGAUGUUUCCAUCCAGACGAUUAAUUUUAUUGGGGGAGGUUACCCAGGUGGCAUGGGAGGAGGAAUGGGAGGUAUGAGUGGGCAGCCAGUCUACAACCCUCCUGUGCCCUACUCCAACAUCAUCCCAGGAGGGAUGUUCCCUAAGAGGACCAUCGUCAUCAGAGGCAUGGUUCCCUAUGGAGCACACAAAUUAAGGAUCAACUUUUUGGUGAGCAGAUCUCGAGACAUUGCUUUCCACAUGAAUCCCAGAGUGAGGGAAGGAAUUGUUGUAAGAAACAGUAUGAUUGGAGGAAACUGGGGCCAGGAGGAGAGAGAAAUGAGCAUGAAUCCAUUAUGGAGGGCCAGUACUUUGAUAUAACUUUGUGUGUCAGCAUUCAAAAGUUUUCUCUCUGUCCCUCAGAUGUCAAUCCGUUGUGGAAACCAGAGGUUUAAGGUGUUUGUGAACGGGCAGCACCUGUUUGACUUUUCCCAUCGCUGGCAGUCCUUCAAUGAGAUCGACAUGCUGGACAUAGAAGGCGAUGUGCAGAUCUCCUACAUCCAUUUCUGAUACCCACCCUCCCCCUCCCCAAAAAAUAAAUAAUUUUGUGCAACUUUCAAAACUAUGUCAUCCACAGAGUUGCUUAUCUAAGUUUUUUACCUGCUUUGAGAUCAGAUAUCUCAAUAAGAUCAAA